AUGCGAUAUUUCAUAAUAUUUUCUAUUUUCCUUACCGAGAUUCUUGCUGAAAAUGAGACGGAAUUUGUGCCGAUCGGGAAGGAUACUGAAUCGACUACUACUCCAAGUUUUGAUGGUAAAAAGUCUGUUGUAGUUCCACCAAAAGUGUACAAAGAAGAUGGUAAAUCGCCGGAUGUGAAACCAUCGAUUCUCCCGGUACCAGUUCCGAAUCUUUCCGGGUUGAUGAAUAGGAUACAGACUACGUUAGUGACAAGAAUGGAGGUUGUUCCACCAUCAAGACCCGAGUUUUAUCCGCCAGAUUCUGUGGUGAUAGCGAGAGCUGAAGGACCAAUCUACCAACGACCAUCCGGAUUCGAGCGUCAAUAUCCACCGCCUCCGUAUCCACCAAUGAUGAUGUACCCACCAUCUCCGGAUAGCCUAAUGGGACGAGUGGAAAGUAUGACCGGAAAUAUUUUGGAUAAUGUGAUGGAGUUUGUGAUGGGACGAAGGAGGCGAUGA